AUGGGGAUGGGGUGGGCAAUAUUGCCAACACAGCUCCUGCCCUACCUGAGCCCGUUUUCACAAGUGUCUUCCUGGUCGACCGAUGAGGUCGAGUGCUUCUCCGAUUACAUGACCCUGUGGGUCCCACGGAGCCGCCUGGGAGGUUUGAAGAGGUGGCUAGGCCGAGUCCUGAACCCACCAGGGACCUGGAGGGGCCCCAACCACCUGGAUUCUUCCCUGGCCAAAUGUGGCUACUUCCUGCAUCCUACUCCCGACGGGGACUUCAUCUUCCGAGUUCGAUACUCGGCCUGCUUUGUGCAGAAGGAGACAGCAAAUUACAGGUUGGAAAUCAGAAUAUUUCAAAAAGGGGUGAAGAGGUUGGAGCGCAGUGAUCGCUAUGUAAUGAAGUGUCCCCGAAUCGGGUCGAGGCUGGGCCAGCAGAGCGUCCGCUGCAGCCCCGAGUUCAUCCAGGUCUCCCGGCCUCUGCCCCUCGGGAGCGACGGUGGGCAGAUGCCCUGGCUGCUGUCCCUCCGAGGGGAGCUGGUGGCCUCCCUGGAGGAUGCCGGCCUGAUGGGAUUGUCCGUGGACAUCAAUGCCUCCGAAAUCACCGUGCAAAGCCCACGGCAAGAUCUUCUUCAGAGGCGGGAGGUGCUGAACACCUCUGCGGAGCUCCUGCCACUCUGGCUGGUGAGCGGCUCCUAUGCCUACUCCCUAGAAGCUGCUUGCCCGCUGGGAUCAGCCCAGCCUGAGUCAGAGGUCUUAGUUCACGUCCCCAAGCAGAGACUGGGUCUGGUCAAAAGAGGGUCUCACAUCAAGGAGAGCCUGAGCCUACGGUUCCUCCGGGUCCACCAGGCUGGCACCUUCACCGUGACCGAGAGCGGGGAUUUUGUGGUGGUCAGCAUCCCGGCGGCCGGGCUGCUGCGCGUUCAGCAAUGCCAGGAGGCCGGAGGAGGCCCGGGGACCAGAGCUUUCUACAGGGUGGACCUGAGCCUGCAGUUUGCCGAGAUGAUGGCCCCGGUCGUCUGGACGGUGGAGAGCACCUUCCCCUGUGUGGGUUCAGGCACAGAGUUGCCGACCUCAACAGCCGCACCAAGGAGCUCUGCAUCCACCCGGCCCCCAAGCUCAGAGAGCCCUGUGGCAGGAGUGUGGUCUGCUGCCUCUGCCCAGCGCCGAGCUGCAGGAGCCGCUGCCCCGGAAGGGCUUUCUCAGGACCCUAACCACGCAUUGGCCAAGCAGGAGCUUGAACGGUUCCCGCAGACAGCCAGACCGGCAGGAGGAAGCUGGACCCCCACUGCCUCCCUCACCCCCAGAGCCGUGGAGGCUGAGUGCGGCCCCCCGGCCCCCCCGGAGGAAGCGGGGUUACCUGGAUCUCCCCCGCCUUCAGCCACGCCCUCCCCAGAGUCCCCGGGAGCUGUCCAGGCUGGCCCCAGCCCCCAACGUCGAGGUUCCCCAGACCCCACGGCCCUGCCCGUGCCUGUGUCCCCAGAAAUCUCCUCUCCUCCGUCACCUCCGUCCGAACGGCCCCAACUGUUUCUGGGCUCAGGACCAUCAGUUGCCCCCGCUGAAGGUCUAGGGGCUGAGAGGCCCGGGCAGGACCCUGCCCAGCCCCCAGGAAGCCCCCUGCUGCGGGGAGAGCUGUCAGGGCAGGAGGCCACUGCAGCUGAGCCCGUCCAGAGGGAGCCUGACCAGGCCAGCAAGGGCCUCCAGACACUGAGGGAGCCCCCGAUGGCCAGCCUGGCAGAGGAGGCGCUGGAUCCCUGCCAACCUCCCUCUGUCCCCAGUGUGGGCCUGGCCUCCCCAGAACCAAGUCAGGACACACAAGGGCUUCGGUGCAGCAACCUGCAAGGGAUGGAGGCCGCGGCCACCACCCCAAGGGUGAGGCAGCCAGGGACCGCAUCACCAGAUCCCACUGGGAGGCACGGGGCAAGCCCAGCAGCCUCCCCAGCAGCCUGUCUGGCCCCCACCUCCAAGAAGCCCGCUGCCUCAUCCGUGCAGGGGUCAGAUAGAGCUGGGGACCUGGAGUCAGCUCCCAGGGGGCCCCUGGGCCUGGACGAGUCAGGGGCUGCACACCCAGCCAGCCCUCCAUCUCUGUAA